UCUAAUGGGCCAUUACAUUUCCAUUUUGGCCAAAUUUAAUUGCAGGAGGUACAAGACCGGUUAUGUCUGGCAAGACUUGAUGGAUGAUGAACUAAUCACCCCAAUCUCGGACAACGAAUAUGUCCUUAAAGGCUCCGAAAUCGUGCCCUCUACCCCAUUUGGUUAUUACCCUAUUCAUUUCCAUUUCAAUAUUUGAGACUGUGCUUAACAGUUGAAUAUUUGGGGCUCAUUAUACGUUUUCUUGGCACUGUAGAGCCUACUUCACAGGGUGAAAAGAGGGCCGUUGAGGUUGAAGAAAAGGACCCCCGGAACAAGCCGUUACCUAAGGAAGCAAUACAAGACAACUCAAGUUAUUUUUUGCCCGAAAUCUACCAAGAAUCACCUCAAUUUGCCUUGGACCUAGAGACGAAGCUUGACGACAAGUCUCACCAGACGCAGCAGGGCGACAAAGAUGAAGACCCAUCUUCCUUUUACUCCGCCAUGCAGAAUCAGAAGAACAAGAGAGGGGCGAAGACAAAAGACAAAAGCAAGGACAAUAACGUGGACAAAGUAAUGGAUAUUCCAAGUUGUUCAUCAUUUUCAUCGCCGCCAUUUUCACCGGCACUACCCUAUGCAAAAAGCAAGACCUAUUCGAGUGGAGCACGUCAGAAGCUUCGGAAUUUGUUGAGCUGUGGUGCCGUUGACACCGACGAUGCUGUGCUAAUCAUGCUUAAUCGAGCGGGAAAAAUCAAGCCUACCCAUUUCGACUAUUCCGGUGAUAAAAGCGUUAAGAUAAGUAAAGGAGACAAACUGGGUGGGUCUGCCAGGGUUAUUGGAACUCCAUGGAAUGAGCAACAACAGUUCAUUGCUCCAAGGAAAAGCUUUGACGAGGCCAAGGAUUGCAAGAAGAAGCAGAGGGCUGAAUUUGGUUGCUCGAAAGUGGUUUCGGCUGCAUGCAAGCCAGUGGGAGGGCCAACUUGCUCGUAA